UGCAAUGCCCCUGUGAGAAGCUGAGUGUUCUUCCUCCCCCCACUUUUUAAAAGUCAAGUUUCUAGCUCUUUGAGAAAUAGAGAUUAAAUGUAUGCCAUUUUUUGCAUGCCUCAUUGGGGGGAGGGUGAGUGGGACUGCUGAUGUGUCAAUCAACUCCCACACCUGUUCAGGCAUUUCAUUGUCCCUUGGGGUUAUACCCAAUGAAAGAUAAGAGGUGGAUCUGUAAUAUGGUCCAAGUUCAUCCUGAACGCAAGAUCUGCUGGAAAAGGGUGACCCAACUUUUCAUACCAAGUAGGCCACAAGAGUACUACGACACGGAACCCGCAGACCACACCCAAAGCCUAGUUAGUGCUUUUUCAGCUUUGGAAAGGCAGCUGGGAGGCAGGUGGCUCAAAUGUUCACAAGGGCCUCAAGCAGCCCUUGGGCCACACAUUGGAUCAGCCUGUGCUAGACCCUGCAAGAUAAAUAUUCAUUUUUGUUACUGUUGUGAGUUAGCUAUUACUGUUGCAUGGACUUUAGAGAAACUGAAAUAUGUUGACUUGACCAGUUAAAUACCUUUUGUGGAUUCACAAUAAUUACAGGCAUUUUUCUUUUCUUUAAACGUUUGUUUCUUUGACACUUAACAGCCACAUGUUACUUAAUGUUUUCAAUUUUUUUUAAGGAAUGCUUUAAAACCUAAAAUCUCAAUUGCUGGCUAACUCUCUUAGUUGUCACAGUAGGCGGGCCAUACCAGGGCCGACCCAAGACAUUUUGGCACCUGAGGCCAACCACAAAAGUGGCACAGCCCUCCCACCAUCAGGGAAGCAGGGCCCAGUGAUGACUAUAAGGUCAUGUUUCUUCUGCAAAAUCUCCGACAACUGAAUGGCAAGGAUAUCACCAAGCUGGCCAGCCAUGUGAGAGUUGUCAAUAGUCGAGAGCUGACCAGUAGGGUCAGAUCUCACUGGGGGAAAAACUUCCGGAAACAGCUGCCCAAAACUCCGUCCCCAGAGCAGUUGAAAUCAGUCAGGAAAAAAUUCAUCAAGUCUGCACAAGCCCAUGUAGCAUAUGGACCCAGCUCACUCAGCGGCUUCACCCGAUGGCGGGUGAAAAUGAUUGCAGAGGAAUUCUUGACUUCACUGUUAAAUCAGGAAGACAAGGCUGCUUCUAAAGUGGAAGAAUCGGCGGAGGAGGAGGGGGAAGAGGAAGAAGAGGAGGAGGAGGAGGAGGAGAAGGAGGAAGAAGAGGAGGAGAAAGAUGAAGAGGAGGAGGAGGAAGAAGAAGAAACAGAAGAAGAAAUUAUGGAAAAUGCUUCAGAUACUGAAAAUAAGGUUGCUACUAAGGGCACAGUAACCCCCAGCAAAAGAAAAGGGGCUCAUUCCAAAGGAGGAGCAAGCAAGAGACCCCAUUCUCGCAGCAGUUCCAAUGAGGAAGCCUCUCCCAGCCCCAAGAAGCCCAGUCGCUUGCAGGACGAGCGCAGCCCUGAGAGGGCAAAAACAUCUCGCCCACAGACCAAGGAAUCCCAGGACGCUCAGGAUUCUGAAGGGGCCCAUCGGAAUGGAGGGCGUCUUCCAAAAGCACACAGCCACAAAAGGUCCAGUCAGCAGAAAGAGGAGCACAGAGAGGAGGAUGCAAGAGAUGUUUGUAGCACUCCAAUCAAAGACUUGGAAGGCGAGGUAUCAGGAGAGUCUUCCAAUGAGACGAUCAGCCUGGAGCCUGUCCAUUUUCUACAGUGUCACAGUAAAGGCAACAACAGGGAUGACUUUAAGACCCAGUUAUGGGCCUGUGUCUUUGAGCCACCACUGGAUUGUGGGACGAGAAAAGAUCCUGUGGUGAGUUCAUCCAGAACAGCAGCUACCUGUGGUGGAGACUCUGUCUGUUUGGUGGACUGCGAGACAGGCAUUGUCUUGAAAAAGUACAAAGUGACUGGGGAGGAGUUUUUCACCGUUGCAUGGACAACUCUGACUAUGGUCACUAGUGAUGGGCGAAAGAAAAAGCACAAUGUUCUGGCUGCUGCUGGGAGACGAGGAAUUGUGAAGUUAAUUCAUGUGACCGCUGAUUACUGCUAUGGAGAGAUCAAGGCGCACAAGAAACCCAUUGCUACUGCCUGCUUCAGUCCAACUUCUGAGACGCAUCUUUUCACUGCAUCCUAUGACAAGAAAAUAUGCAUGUGGGACAUUGGAGUUCCAGAUUCUGAUUAUAAUUUCAAAGAAAGACAUCUGAUGGUGCUAGAGACCAUUGCCACACCCCUACGCAUCGCCCUCGUGCCCUCUUGCCCAGACCGAUACUUGGUGGCUGGCUGUGAGCAAGGUUGCUUUGCUUGGGACAUUAGACUGGAUGAAAAGCAGCAGAAAAACAGACCGUAUGAAGUAGAAUUCCAGUUCCCAGAUGAUGAGGGGAAUGAAACAGCUUCCCAUCGUGUGGAUGGUCUGGCCUUUUUGAAUGAAGACAUUGUGGUUACCAAGAGUUCUAAGACAGGGUCCAUAAAUCUCUGGAGCUGGAGCCGCUCUUUCAAGCAAGGGAAGGGGGGUCGCAGAACAGUGCAAGCCGUCAUCCUGGCCGAACUGGAGUGGUCCUCAACAGAUCUGCCUUACCUCACCCUCAGCACGUGUCCAACAGAAGAGUACGUGUUCUGUGGUGAUGAGAAAGGAAGUGUCUGGAUGUAUGACCUCAGCAACCACUUGUCCACUCUGAGUGCCACAAAGGAAGAGUCGUCAGUUAAGAGAAUAGGGCCUUCGCAGGUCCUGAAGUGGCCAGAAUUGAAAGCAAAUGGUGAGCUGCUGACAGAUGUCCUGGUGAACAAUGUAGUCACAGACCCCACCUUCACUUACCUGGUUGCUCUCACCGACGUAAACAUUGCCGCAAUAUGGAAGAAAGCCUAGCUGUUCUGGUGUGGCCCCGCAAGAGGAGCCACAUUUUUCGCCCACAUUUCAGUAGUGCAGUAUUUGUGACCGUUCUGGAAAUAACCAAGGUUGGGGUGGGGGGUGGGGAUUUAAACUUCAUGUGAAUUAAUUCAAGGAAAAUCAACUGAAGGGUUGGCUGGAAGCCUGUGCUGGCCAAUACCCACAUCUUUUAACUGUGACUUUUACUUUUAUUGGUGUUUUAAAGUGUAUUUGUUUUAUAGAAAGACAGUAUUUAAUAAAACUUGAUAAAAGCUA